UAAGGUACUCUCUUCGGCGCGGUCCUGUGUUAGGGUUUCUUCCAUCGGCCGCUAGGGUUCUUGACGUCGUCGCCGGCUGCUAGGGUUUGUUCGCAUCUGAUCCAGAGGGGAAUCAGUCCGAAAACCUCCAAGAGGGCCGAUAGCGAUGGCCCCGCCGCAGCCGAAUACCGGUCUCUUUGUUGGGCUCAACAAAGGGCACAUUGUCACCAAGCGGGAGUUGGCUCCUCGCCCUUCUAGCAGAAAAGGGAAAACCAGCAAGAGGGUGCAUUUUGUCAGAAACUUAAUCAGGGAAGUUGCUGGGUUUGCUCCCUAUGAGAAGAGGAUUACCGAGCUCCUGAAAGUUGGAAAGGACAAGCGUGCACUCAAAGUGGCGAAGAGAAAGCUUGGAACUCACAAGAGAGCAAAGAAGAAGCGUGAGGAAAUGGCUAAUGUUCUCAGGAAGAUGAGAUCUGCCGGAGUGGCUGAGAAGAAGAAAUGAAGUGGAGCAGCCUAUUCAUAAUACACUCCGGUCUCCGGAUUUUAUUCCUAAACUAGUGAAGAAUUUUGAUCCUUUGUGCUGGUAGGAAAGCUGGGACUGUUAAGAUGCAAGUUUGUCUAAUUUUUAGUUUUGCGAUAAACUUUCUUUUUGAUAUUGGCUUGAGAAUAUUUCAAUUCUGGGUGGUGGCACUUCAUCUGUGCAAUCCUCCUCUGACUGCGUUUUCUUAGUGACAAAUUGGUUCGGCAAUAUGCCAAUGAUGUGUUGCUAUUUGAAUCUCCAGCUCAGAAAAAAACAGUUGAUGAAAAUGCAACCUUCUCUGAAUUGCUGUGCACAUUUUUAUUU